AUGACGGAGAAAAUUAGGAGAACAAUUCGUGAAGAAAUUGGUGAAGAAAAAUUUUGUGUUAUUAUUGAUGAAGCAGGGGAUGUAUCAAGAAAACAACAAAUGGCUAUUAUUUUACGGUAUGUUGAUAAUUUCGGUCUAGUAAAGGAACGUUUUUUUAGCAUUAUUCAUGUUCCUAAUACUUUAGCAGUGACUUUAAAAUAUGAGAUAUUUUACGUUCUUUCUCGUUAUUGCUUUGACAUAAAGAAUAUUCGAGGCCAAGGUUAUGACGGUUCAAGUAACAUGCGAGAAAAGUGGAAUGGGUUACAAACAUUAGUUAGCAAUGAGUGUCCUUUUGCUUACUAUGUGCAUUGUUUUGCCCAUCUUUUACAGUUGGCACUAGUAGCUGCAGCGAAAGAGGUCAUACAUGUUUAUCAAUUUUUUUCCAAUUUAUCAUUUAUUAGCAAUGUUGUUCUUGCCUCAUAUAAGUGCAUCGAUGAACUAAAAAAUGCUUAUUCUAACGAGAUAAAUCAUUUGAUUGAAGAAGAAAAACUUGAAAUUGGAACUGGUUUGAAUCAAACAACUGAUGCUCAACUACAAGAGUUAAACAGUAGAUUUAAUGAGAAGUCGAUAGAGUUAUUAACUCUUGGUUGUGCUUUGGAGUCAAGAGAUAGUGACAAAAUUUUCAAUCUUGUGAAUAAAUUCUAUUCGGAGGAUUUCACGGAAGUUGAAAAGAAUCAUUUACGAACAGAAUUGCGUCAUUAUGAGGUGGAGUUAUCAUGGAAUUCAUGUCUAAGAAAAUUGUUAGCAAUCUCUGACCUAUGCCAGUGGUUGGUGGAUACUAGGAAAGUGAACACUUAUCCAUAUAUAUUCCGAACGGUAAAACUUCUAUUGACUCUCCCAGUUUCUAAAGCAAGUGCUGAAAGAGAUUUUUCUACAAUGAAUAUCAUCAAGACUACACUUCGCAUCAAAAUGGAGCAUGAAUUUUUUGAGAGUUGCAUGCUUAUCGACAUUGAAAGUGAUAUUGCAAGGAGCUUUAGUAUAACAUCGCUCGUGGAUGCAUUUCAAGAUUUGAAGGAAUGGCGUGUUUUGUUGUGA